GAAAUCGGCGAAAAGGGAAUCAAUUUGUCGGGCGGACAGAGACAGAGGGUAUCACUCGCGAGGGCUGUCUAUUCAGACGCAGACAUCUACUUAUUGGACGACCCCUUAAGUGCUGUUGACGCCCACGUCGGCAGACAUUUAUUCGAUGAGACAAUCGGUCCGAAAGGCAUUCUUCGGAAGAAAACCCGUAUUUUAGUGACACAUAAGGCAUCGAUUUUGCCAGAAGUCGACAAAAUAAUUGUCUUAAAGGAGGGACUGAUCUCUGAAUUCGGAUCAUUUGAUGAACUGAUGGCUAAAAGUAAAGAAUUCGCUGAAUUUGUUGCCGAAUAUGUGUUGAGACAGGAGUCAGAAGAGGUGGACAUCGAAGACGAGAAAGAGUUGGAAAUGUUAGCAAAACUGAGACAAAGAGUGAAACCAAUUAUUGAAAGACAAGAAUCGCAUAAAUCUUCGGACAAUGAAACUGUUGUCCGACAAAGAAGUCGCACACGAGAUGUGUCUACAAGUGAUAGAGUGAACCAAAAGGAGACCAAAAGUAGUGAUAAGAUCACUGAAGAAGAGACAAAUAAAAGCAAAGGAAAACUCAUAGACGAGGAGAAAUCAGCGAAAGGUGCGGUUAAGCUCAUGGUUUACAAGAAGUACUUCCAAUUGAUUGGAUACUCGAGUUUGGCAUUCAUUUUAUUGGCGUUCAUCGGGGCUAACGUCGCGACCGUAUUGUCCGGUCUGUGGCUCAGCGACUGGUCUAACGACUCGCUCGACACCAAACGGGCCAACGAUAAGGAGUUACGUAAUGAAAGACUCGGUGUCUAUGGUAUCAUCGGAACUGUCGAAGUGUUGUUCCUGUUUGUGGCACAACUAUGGUUAAGAUUAAGGUGUGUAAGGGCUGGUAGGGAACUGCACAACACGAUGAUUGCACGAAUAGUAAGAGCUCCCAUGGCUUACUUUGACACGACACCAAUGGGGAGAAUACUGAACCGAUUCUCGCAGGACAUGGAUACCAUUGACGGGAAGAUAGUCUAUGUAUUGGGAGGAAUGCUCCGCAACUUCUUCACAGUCAUCGUGUCGUUGGGAAUGAUAUCUCUGGAAACGCCACUCAUUUUAUUGGCUAUACUUCCCAUAACUGUAGUGUAUGUCGUGUGUCAACGCAUUUAUAUCGCCAGUUCCCGGCAAAUCAAGCGCAUCGAGUCGACCACCCGUUCCCCUAUUAUCAGCCACUUUGGUGAGACAUUUAACGGCACGUCAACCAUCAGGGCCUAUGGAGCGGCCAAACAUUUCAUUAGGGAAUCGCACCGUCGCAUCGACGAUAAUAAUCAGUGGUAUUAUCCGGGUUUCUGUGCCGAACAGUGGCUGUCCAUAAGGCUGGAGUUCCUUGGGAACAGUAUUGUGUUUUUGGCCGCAAUUUUUGCGGUCAUAUUUAGAGAUAGUCUGAGCCCAGGACUGGCAGCUCUGGCCAUCAAUUACUCAUUGAGCAUAACAUUAGUUUUAAACAGUUUUAUAACGAGUAUUAAUUAUACCGAAACUUUUAUCGUCUCUAUUGAGAGGUGUCUUGAAUUGACUCAAACACCUGAAGAGGCCGAGUGGUUCAACGAUCGGACAAAACCGCCGCCCGAUUGGCCACUAAUGGGAGGAAUAGUGUUCUCCAACUAUAGCACUAAAUAUAGACAGGAAUUGGAUUUAGUGCUCAAAAACAUCACAUUAGAUGUCAAACCGAGGGAAAGGCUGGCAAUAGUGGGCCGAACCGGUGCUGGAAAGUCAUCCCUGGCUUUGGGUCUCUUCCGA